AUGGCGCCGCCUUCCCGCCCCGUAGCCGUCCUCGCAUGGGGUUCGGGGGAAGACGGGCAGCUGGGCAUGGGCCGAUGCGACGAGAAGGACUGGGCCCGCUGCAUCGGCGCUCUGGAUGCGUACGCCGUCUCCGCCGUCGUAGCCGGCAGCCGCAACUCCCUCGCCAUAUGCAACGACGGCAGCCUCUUCACUUGGGGGUGGAAUCAGCGGGGAACGCUCGGGCACCCGCCGGAGACCAAGACAGAGAGCUCCCCGGCGCAUGUCGACGCCCUCAUCGGGGUCAAGAUCGUGCAGGCAGCGAUCGGCGGGUGGCAUUGCCUCGCGGUGGACGACAAGGGGCGGGCUUACGCUUGGGGGGGCAACGAAUAUGGACAGUGCGGGGAGGAGCCUGAGAGGAAGGAAGAUGGCACAAGGGCACUCAGGAGGGACAUCCCCAUCCCACAGCGAUGCGCUCUCAAGCUCAAAGUUCGGCAAGUAGCUGCGGGGGGGACUCACUCAGUGGUUUUGACACAAGAAGGCCAUGUCUGGACAUGGGGACAACCGUGGCCUCCGGGUGAUAUCAAAAAAAUAUCUACGCCAGUACGUGUGCAAGGGCUUGAACAAGUGAGCAUGAUUGCUGUAGGGGCAUUCCAUAAUUUGGCACUGUCAGUAGACGGAAUCUUGUGGGCAUGGGGUAAUAAUGAAUAUGGCCAGCUGGGGAUUGGAGAUACCCAACCGAGAUCACAACCUAUCCGUGUUGAAGGGCUAUCUAACCUCUCAUUGGUUGACAUUGCUGCUGGAGGUUGGCAUUCAGCCGCAUUAACUAAAGAAGGAGAGGUAUAUGCUUGGGGAAGAGGAGAACAUGGGAGGCUCGGCUUUGGGGAUGAUAAGAGCAGUCACAUGGUGCCGCUAAAGGUUCAGCUUCUAGCUGGCGAGGAUAUUGUUCAGUUCAGCACCAGGGUUCACUCUUCUAAAUGCUUGCAGGUAUCAUGUGGAGGGACCCAUUCAGUUGUGCUAACCAGUGAUGGCCGAAUGUUCUCUUAUGGGAGGGGCGAUCAUGGCCGUCUAGGCGACGGUAGGAAGGUGACUACGGGUCACCCAAUGGAAGUGCCCAUAAACUUGCCGCCACCAAAGACCAGCACCAGCUCCGAAGGGCUAUGGCAAGCGAACUACGUUGCCUGUGGCGGACGACACACACUCGCCAUCGUGACAUGGACCGAUAUGUAA